CCGGCAGUCUGGCUGCAGCAUGAGCCGGCGCGCGGCAGGAGGCUGUGAGGGUUGUUGAAGAUGUCAGAUAGUCUGGAUAUUGAAGAGAAACCUCCAGCUCCUCCAUUGAGAAUGAACAGCAACAACCGCGAUUCUUCGACACUCAACCACGGCUCCAAACCUCUGCCCAUGGCCCCUGAAGAGAAGAACAAGAAGGCCCGGCUGCGCUCCAUCUUUCCAGGAGGAGGGGAUAAAACCAAUAAGAAGAAAGAGAAAGAACGCCCUGAAAUCUCUCUUCCUUCUGACUUCGAACACACCAUCCAUGUGGGGUUUGAUGCCGUCACUGGGGAGUUCACAGGGAUUCCAGAGCAGUGGGCCAGGUUAUUACAGACGUCAAACAUAACGAAACUGGAACAGAAGAAGAACCCGCAGGCCGUUCUGGAUGUCCUCAAAUUCUACGAUUCCAAAGAGACCGCAAACAACCAGAAAUAUAUGAGCUUUACAUCAGGAGAUAAGAGCGCCCACGGAUACAUAGCAGCCCAUCCUUCGAGCACAAAAACAGCAUCGGAACCCCCUCUAGCUCCCCCCGUGUCGGAAGAAGAGGAUGAGGAAGAUGAAGAGGAAGAAGACGAUAACGAACCUCCGCCUGUAAUUGCCCCACGUCCAGAACAUACGAAAUCAAUUUACACACGCUCUGUAAUUGAACCUGUUGCGGCUCCAGCGCCAGCAAAAGAACCUACCACUCCCCAGCCUGAAAACUCCAACACAAACACUUUGUACAGGAACACAGACCGGCAACGGAAAAAAUCCAAGAUGACGGAUGAGGAAAUCCUAGAGAAAUUGCGAAGCAUUGUGAGCGUAGGAGACCCUAAGAAGAAAUACACACGAUUUGAGAAAAUCGGUCAGGGGGCUUCGGGUACAGUUUACACAGCGAUAGACAUUGCCACAGGCCAAGAGGUGGCCAUAAAACAAAUGAAUCUGCAGCAGCAGCCCAAAAAGGAAUUAAUAAUUAAUGAAAUCCUGGUCAUGAGGGAAAAUAAGAAUUCCAACAUCGUCAACUAUUUAGACAGUUAUCUUGUAGGUGAUGAACUUUGGGUAGUAAUGGAAUACUUGGCUGGGGGAUCUUUGACGGACGUUGUUACAGAAACCUGUAUGGAUGAAGGACAGAUAGCUGCUGUGUGUAGGGAGUGCCUGCAAGCACUGGAUUUCUUGCAUUCAAACCAAGUGAUCCAUAGAGACAUCAAGAGCGACAACAUUCUUCUCGGGAUGGACGGAUCUGUCAAACUCACUGACUUUGGCUUCUGUGCUCAAAUCACUCCUGAGCAGAGUAAACGGAGCACAAUGGUGGGAACGCCUUACUGGAUGGCACCGGAAGUGGUAACGAGGAAAGCCUACGGCCCCAAAGUGGACAUCUGGUCUUUAGGGAUCAUGGCAAUAGAAAUGGUGGAAGGAGAGCCUCCAUAUCUCAAUGAAAAUCCUCUCAGGGCCUUGUAUUUGAUAGCUACAAACGGGACGCCAGAGCUCCAGAAUCCCGAGAGACUCUCAGCUGUUUUCCGAGACUUCCUGAAUCGCUGUCUCGAGAUGGAUGUUGACAGGCGAGGGUCUGCCAAGGAGCUGUUGCAGCAUCCGUUUUUAAAAUUGGCCAAGCCGCUCUCCAGCCUGACUCCAUUGAUCAUCGCUGCAAAGGAGGCUAUAAAGAACAGUAGUCGCUAGCCCUCGGAGUAGCACGUGCCC